AUGGCAGCUGAUCCCGUUUUUGACGAGAAAACCGUAGGAGAGACCAAGCAGCCACCUCCUACUUCUGACCACGAUAUCGAGAAUGGAACAACUCACACUGCUGAGCUCCGCCGUGGGCUUCAAGGUCGUCACAUGCAAAUGAUUGCCAUUGGAGGUUCAAUUGGCGCCGGUCUCUUUGUUGGAUCCGGUGGUGCCUUACAGUCUGGCGGGCCUGCGUCUCUUGUGAUCGGGUUUAUCAUCAUCGGUAUGAUGUUGCUGUGCACCGUGCAGGCACUGGGCGAACUGGCUGUUUUGUAUCCUGUCAACGGCGCCUUCUUCAAUUAUUCCGUUCGAUUCAUCGAUAAAUCUUGGGGGUUCGCCAUGGGGUAUCAGUACGCCAUUGGUUGGCUUAUAACGUUGCCUUUCGAGAUAACGGCCGCUGGUAUCACAAUCAGCUAUUGGCACGAAUACAAUAUUGGUAUCUGGAUAGCUGUCUUCCUUACAACAUUGAUCAUCGUUCAGGUCUUUGGCGUAAAAGGAUAUGGUGAAGUUGAAUUCGUCCUCGGUAUAAUUAAGGUUGUUGCAGUUCUAGGAUUCAUCAUCUUUGGUAUUAUCGUCAACUGUGGCGGUGUCCCCACUGACGACCGUGGCUACAUCGGCUUCCGUUAUUGGAACGGCAAGGACGGUAACCACGCUUUCCGAAAUGGCUUCAAGGGAUUUUGCUCGGUCUUCGUGACUGCUGCCUUUGCCUUCGGCGGGACUGAGAUGGUUGGUCUUGCUGCUGCUGAAGCUGCCGACCCCAGAAAGUCUUUGCCCAAGGCUACUAAGCAAGUCUUUUGGCGUAUUGCUGGCUUUUAUGUUGUCUCACUGCUCAUCAUGGGCAUCAUCGUGCCAAACAGCUCCGAAGACCUGCUGGGUUCCAGUGGGGCCAAUACCAAAGCCUCUCCAUUCGUAUUAGCCAUCAAAUAUGCCGGCGUCAAAGGCUUGCCUUCAGUUUUCAACGCUGUCAUUACUAUCUCAGUCAUGUCCGUGGCGAACAGCUGUACUUACGGGUCGACUCGUACCUUGCAAGCCCUCGCUGCCGCAGGAAUGGCCCCUAGGUGGUUGGGAUAUAUUGAUAAGAAAGGUCGCCCUCUCUGGCCUGUCGUUAUCCAGAUGGCAUUCGGUCUUCUGGCAUUCAUCAAUGAGUCUGCUGAUGGUAGCACGGUCUUCACCUGGCUACUCUCCCUCACGGGCUUGUCGUCCUUCUUCGUGUGGGGCUCCAUUUGUCUGAGUCAUAUUCGCUUCCGACAAGGCUGGAAGGCUGCCGGCCGUUCCGUGGACGACCUUCCUUUCAAGUCACAGCUUGGCGUUUAUGGAUCAUACUUUGGUGUGUUCCUCGUCGUGAUCUGUCUGAUAGCAACAUUCUAUAUCUCCCUCUUCCCCAUCGGUGGCAGCCCCAAUGCCGAAGCUUUCUUCGAGAGUUACAUCGCAGCGCCCAUCGCGAUAGCUUUGUUCGCCGGCUGGAAGAUCUACACCAAGGACUGGUCCUUCGGUAUCCGCGUCGAGGAUAUGGAUCUCGACAGCGGCCGCAGAGACUAUGCAGAUUUGCCUCCGCCAGAGCCAGCGAGGAACCUGAGCAUUGGCCGCAGGAUGAGCCAGGCUAUCUUUUAA